GCAAAUUUCUUGGCUCCAUGUUUUUUAUUAUCACGCAAUAAACAAUGGCUGCAAAUAUUGUGGCAGCCGCCGCUGCUGCCCAGGAAGUUGAUCCCGUGCUGUAGAAGGCAAUCAAAUUGUUGCAUUCAACAAAUGCAAGCUCGGCGUCGGAGCUUCGGUUGUUGCUCGAUGAGGCGCUCAAACUGCGCUUCUGGCCGGACAAGAUGAUUGCAAAGAAUCUGAGCCAGCGUCUCAUGGAUGAUGAGGCGAAUUUUCCGGGCCGGGCGACGCCACAGCCUCAGCAAGCGGCCCAAGCAAUCGCCACGGCUGAGAUUAUCAAUUUGACCAAUUCACCGGAUAAAGCGCCAUCAGAUUCACCUGAUACCAUUGCCGAUUCAGAUGAUGGCAGCACCACCAUCGGUGGUCUGGUCGUAGCCAUGAGCGGUGUCGUCAACACCGGCGAUACCGGCGACUUUGGUGACCUAAAUUGUUGUGUCUGUGGCGAAAUGGUUUUCACGGCCACCAAUCGCUUGAUCGAGUGCUCCAAGUGUGGUGCCCUGUAUCACCAGGAGUGCCAUAAGCCCGCCAUUACCAACGAGGAGGCGAGCGAUGAUCAGGAGCACAUCUGGCAGUGCGACAAUUGUUGCAACAAGCCCACCACUAGCCGUGCAGCUGCCACAAUCGCUGCGCCCAACACAGCUCCAACUUGAACGCCGACGUUGGCGCCAAGUGUGACUUGUCAAACUGGCACGCCCACUGUUCUCAUACCGGAUGAGCCCUUGCCGCUGGCAGCGAAUAAAGCCAAAUCAUCUGUGCCCUCAUCACGUUCAUCGACAUCCUCCAAUUCGUCGUCGCCCUUCUACAAACCGGAGCCGAGCAGCUCAUCAAAUGUGGCACGCAGCAGUGGCAGUGGCAGUGACACCAAAAAUGGGCACAAAUUUUCCACCUCGUCAAAGUCGCACAAGGAGGAGCGCGGCUCGAGCAUAUCUGUUGUGGCACGCUCACUAAACACUAUCGGUGCCAGGAGAAGCACAGUGCCACAGUGGCACUCGCUGGGCCUGUACGGAUUUUGUUGACCCAUCGAACUUAAAUUGGAAUUGACGAUUAAUCUACUCCACGUUCUCGGCGAUUCUCCCCUCCGAGGAACUUACUCACAAAUGAUUAUCUUUAUCAUUUAAGUAACAGGCAUUGCUCAAAAUAAAUAGGUAAUAACAAAACUUGCCGCUAGAUGGCGCUGUGGCUUUU